AUGAUGAAUAAUGCAACUGUGGCCACAGUCCUCGUACUCCUCUAUGCAGGGCUGGGCUUCGCGACAAACCAGCGGAAGCGCGCCAAACUACCCCGUGUUGGUCGGGCGGGGCCCUUUGGUUAUGCUUGGACCGUGCUUCGCUCUGUCCUGGAUAGUGACGGACUAGUUGAAGAGGGUUGGGCCAAGUAUGGCGGAAAACCCUUUGUGUUGCCGUCAAUGAGCGGGGAGUGGAUUGUACUGGGCCCCGACGACAUCGAGCAACUUCGGCGGUCGGACGACACAGUGUUCAACGCGCCGGAACGCGCCAAAGCCCUCUUCCUCCCCAACACAAUGUUUGGAAACCACCUAACCGACCAUCCAUACCAUCUCGAGACAAUUAUCCGUUCCGACCUGACCAAGUCGCUCCAUUCUCUGGUGCCAGAAAUGCACGAAGAGGCGCAGCUUGCAAUUCCGGACCAUAUUCCAAUCAUCAGCGGCCAAACAUCUGCGACGAUUCCUCUCUUCUCGACGAUGGUCCACCUGAUCGCGAGGGUAUCUAAUCGUGCAAUGAUCGGUGCCCCAGGAUGCCGAGACGAAAAGUUCCUCCAGUAUCAGGUAUCCGUUGCGGAGGAGGUUAUCCCAAUGAGUCAGAUUUUGAACUGGUUUCCUGCCGCGUUACGACCGGUAGUUUGGAAGCUUUUUUGCGUAACACUUGGCGCCAAAGAUCGCGCUGUGAAGUUGAUUGGUCCGUAUGUCAAGGCGCGGAUAGACUAUGCCCAACAAGAUAACCCCAGUACGAUUGUGGACUUGCUUCUUCGUUAUGCUCCAGAAGAGGAAAUCAAGAAUCUUCCCAUGCUUGCAGCACGUGUUGUCCAUCUCAAUAUGGCUGCGACGCAUACCUCCGGAAUUUUCACUACCCACGCCCUCUUCGAGCUCGCUCGUCUGCCUCCGGAGCAGGUCGAAAUGGUUCGAACAGAGAUUGCUGCGGCGAUCGCGUCCGAGGGAGGCGUGUUAAACAAAACCGCGGUCGGAAAGUUCUACCUCCUCGACUCCCUGUUGAAGGAGAUCGGGCGGUUCCACUCCUUGUUUGCCGUGGGGUCGUCGCGGGUGACGCUCAAAGAGGCUGUCAUCUCGGACGGAACUGUACUUCCACCAGGCAGUGUUGUUGCCUUGGCUCCAAAGCCGAUGCAUAAUAACCCCAAAACGUACUCCGAUCCGGAGACGUUCGACCCUUUCCGCUUCACCAAACUCCGCACCGGCGCCGGAACUGCAGCAGAUAUCCAACAGUCGUUUACAACGCUGAGCAACGACUAUAUUGUUUUCGGUAUCGGCAAACACGGAUGCCCUGGCAGAUUCUUUGCGGCGCUGAAGAUCAAGGUUGUUCUGGCCGAAUUGCUGCUGAAUUACGAUUUCUCCUUCCCAGAGGGCGCGUCGCAUGCACCAAAACCGUUCUCGUUCAACAUAUUCACGGUCCCCAACCCAACAGCAAAGCUGGUCUUCACCAAGCGCCAACGGUUUUGA